AUGCUCAGCAGCUGUUUCGUUGGGAGACUGAUAAGAGGAAGUAUUGGCCUUCUUCGCCCUCUAUACGUACAAAACGGAUCAUUGCGAGUAUUCAUGUCGGAUGAGGAUUCCGCUCGUAACAGAAAGACAGGCACAAGUCGUGAAGAUGAUAAUGAAGGGAAGAGUGACGACUCAAAGGCACCUCCGAAACAGGAUCUCUACAGUCGAUUUGUGGAGAGCUUCGAGAACGCGUUGAAUACCGUGUCUAGUACAGUAAGCAGUGCCGUCAAAGCUGGAGCAGAGGGACACUGCGGGUCGAAGUCAAAGCUGAAAACGUUUUCGCUGGAAGGAAUAGCGGAUUUCAUUAAAACUGAGCGACCUAACAAUAUAAUUGUUAUGACUGGUGCAGGAAUUUCAACCUCGGCUGGCAUUCCUGAUUUCAGGAGUCCAGGGACUGGGUUAUACGAUAACCUGCAGAAAUACAAUCUUCCUGAUCCUCAAGCAGUUUUUGAUAUAUCCUUCUUCCACGAGAAUCCUGAACCUUUCUUUGCACUAUCCAAAGAACUGUUCCCGGAAACCCUCAAGCCAACGCCAUGCCACUACUUCAUCAAACUGCUUAACAAGAAAGGAAUCUUGCGAAGAUGGUUCACUCAGAACAUUGAUUCACUAGAGUUCCUGACAGGAGUUCCUGAAGACAAAAUAGUCACUGCCCACGGUUCCCAUCGAACCAGCACUUGUCUUAGAUGUCAUAAGAAGUACGAUUUGCAAUGGCUGACAGAGCAUUUGAAGGACAAAGAGUGUCUAGUACCAAAAUGUGAUAAAUGUGAAGGUGUAGUGAAGCCAGACAUAACUUUCUUUGGAGAGAAUCUGCCGAAGCGUUUCUUCCAGUGUGCUAUUUCAGACUUCCCUAAAUGUGAUUUACUGCUUAUUAUGGGUACUUCAUUGGUUGUACAGCCAUUUGCUAGUAUGGUGAAUGAGGUGUCCGAAGAAGUGCCACGUUUGCUCAUUAAUAAAGAGGAGGCAGGUCGUGCUAGUGGAUUCGAACGAGCUGUAGGUAUACAAGGGCUUUGUUACGGCCUGAAAGACAAUAAAAGAGAUGUCUUCUGGCGGGGUUCCUGUGAUGAUGGCUGUCGAAAACUGGCUGAGUUGCUUGACUGGGAGCACGAACUUGAUGCUUUGAUUCAAGAGGGAGAAUUGAAGAAUAAAGUUUGA